AUGACCGCUCCUGACUUCGGAGUCGACCCUGUCACGGGGAAGGUUGCCUUUGAAUACGAAGGAUUUGCCGCCUAUGUAUCCGUUGCAACCACAACCACGACAACACUGGAACUAAUUCAUGAUAUGCCAGUCAUAUACGCACUUUUCGUCACGAAUCGCCCCUCUACCCCAGGAGUUGUGUAUCUAAUCUCAAGAAUAGCAACGCUUUUGUAUAGCAGCUUCUGGCUGCAUAAUUGGAUUGGAGGUGGCGAGUGCGCUGCCUCUAGGGUUGCAGUUGCAGCCUUUUGGACAAUUGCAAUUGCAUCCACCUCUCUACUCUUUUUCUUCCGUGCGCGAGCGCUGUACAAAGACAGGCCCGUGGUCGUGGGCCUGCUUGCGAUUCUCUGGCUGUGUACACUGGGCGCAUCGUUGACGUUGGCGAUACCAGUUGGCAGUCGUGAUGAAAGUACAGCCGUGGUCGGCUCCCAGUUGUGCACCGGCAUAAGCGACAAAUUUCCUCCUUUCACCGGAUUGUCUAUCAUCAUAUCCGCCUUUUAUGAUGCCGUUGUCUUCUGCGCUAUAUCGUAUCGCCUGUACCCUGGGUAUGACCCAACCUCCCACUCGACGUGGAAGAAGAAGAUCGGCUGGUUCUUCAAGGGGGAGGGUCUACCGAGACUAUCCAAGGCCCUCUUACAGAGCGGACAACAGUACUAUAUGGUUUCUGUUGUCGCCAACACAGUCGUGCUCGUAUUCUAUCUGCACCCUAUCUGGGUGCCGGCAUUACACAUCAUGGUCACACUCGUUAACAUCUGUGUCGUGAAUUCGAUGACCUGCAAGGUCUUUCGUGACAUCAAGUUCGGGUGCACCCCGGGUAUGUCAUUACUACUACCCAGCAUCGAUACACAUCUCUCGGGAUCUUUCCGCGUUGCUCCUCGGCGCCAAAGCGAAGCUUCCGACGACACUGGAGAAGUCUUGUCCAACGACGGAGAUGAAGGAGCCGCAGCCGGUUCCUACGAAUAA